AUGGAUGCUAAUGUAGUAGUUAUUGGGAAAGACAGGGUUGGUAAAUCUGCGCUGACAGUCCACGUUUUAAGUAGAAGAUUCAUUGGAGAAUAUGGGAACAUUGAAUCAAUCUACAGCCACAAUGUUGUCAUGGAUGGAAGGGACAUAACUUUUAACAUCUGUGAUUCACCAUGUUGUCAGGAUCUGUCCAUGGAGACCUCCCCAUAUGAGAAGAAAGUCCAGUGGGCGAACGGUUUUGUCCUGGUCUACAGCAUCUGUGAAAGGGCCAGCUUCAACUCUGUCACCAAGCUGAUCCAGUCCAUUAAGGACUUCCAGGGAAUGGUCAAGGUGCCCAUGGUGAUCGUAGACAACAAGAGGGACCUGAAUCACAGACGGACAGUCCUCAGUGAGGAGGGCAGAAUCCUAACCCUGACAAUAGACUGCCAGUUCUAUGAGGUUUCAGCUGCUGAGAACUACCACAGUGUCCUCAUGGUGUUUCACGGACUAAUAGACAGGAUAUGGGAGUCCAAGUCUGCCAUCAAGAAGCAAGCUGGAAUUAAGGGCAUUGUGAAAAGCAUGUCUGCAGUUUUUGCCAGGAGACGGACGGAUUCGCUGUGAGACUAUGGCACAGGGAGGAAGACAUUGUAUACUGUAAUCAAUGUAUGCAUAGGUCUGACAUGAGUUGUUGUAUGAUGUCUGUGCUCUGGCAUCAGGACAGGACUUGGUAUGUGACAAAGGGAUCCAGAGACUGCCUUAUGGCUAAGACACGACAAUGAAGGGCAGAAACAGGGGAAGAUGGCAUUGUAGGUGUGGAAAUAAAUGGCAGUGAUCGAAAAAGUGCCCAAUUGUCAUACUUGAGUAAAAGUGAAGAUACCUUAAUAGAAAAUGACUGAAGUAAAAGUGAAAGUA